UUCCACCAUGAAGCUCUUCUCCUGCCUCAUGGCUCUCCUGCUUUUCCUCCUCCAGGCUGUUCCAGGUCUCGGCUUGCCCAGGGACACCUUGCGUUGUUUGGAGCACCAUGGCUACUGUUUCCAUCUGAAAUCCUGCCCGGAGCCGUUUGCUGCCUUCGGGACGUGCUACCGGCGCCGGAGAACCUGCUGUGUUGACACGACAUCCAACUUCCACUUCUGCCAAGAUGAGGGGGGUCAUUGUGUGCCCCCAGAAAUCAGAUGUGUGCAGGAGCAAGAGGGACUCUGCCCUCGCAGAGGAUGGAAGUGCUGCACAGAAAUGUGAUGAAGACCUCAUGGGAUUGCAGAAAACCAUGGAAAUGUGUGGCUGAGAAAACAAACAAGUUUUGUUCUGAGCAUUUCAGAGGUGUCUGGUGUUCUCAACAUGCCAAGUGUGUAAUUAACUAGAGGUGAUGUUUAUCUAAAAAAGGCAAUAAAUGCUAAACAAACAGGUACAGCAGUCAUUUAUUUAUGGAUAAAAGCAGAAUGUCUCGCUGUUACACCCACAUGCAGAAUUACACAAAAAUUUGCUGUUUCAUCCUUGGAAACCCCAUCCCCUAAUCCUUCUUACCA